AUGUCGAACUCGCUCCCGCGUGCGUCUCACGUGUCUUCUGACACGAUGGGUCCGGGGCCUUCGCCCUCGCGCGCGUCUCCGCACGCGUCGACUUUUUCGUCUCUUCCUUCCUCUUCUCGAGAGCGCGAGUCAGGGUGGAACGAAGACGACGAGGAGGCACCGGGGGCCGAACACCAACCGAGGCUGUUGGAGACACUGGAAGACGUGCCGAAACCGCUCCUCGAGAAAGCGCGUGGCAUCUUGGAGCAGCUGCGCGGAAGAGAAGGAGACAAGAGGAAACUCGACGCGAACAGCGCCUACCUUCUCUGUUUCCAACUCCUCAAACUCGCGGGUCUCGAGGCGGAGAUCCCAAGGCUGGUUGUCUUCGGGCAGCAGAGCAUGGGCAAGACAACCCUUCUUGACUACAUCAUGGGAGGGCCUAUUGGGUACAGCAGCACGGACACAGGGACCAGGCAACCCGUCGUGAUUCUUUUGCGGCCUUCGGAGUCCGCCGACAGCGUCCAGUGCUGGCUGGGAGGCGAGGAGAUCGAAGUCAAAGAGCUGCAGGCGCGGAUGAAGGAAAUCAUGUCUUCACAGGGCGAGCGCAUCUCUUCACAGGAACUCGAGGUCGAGCUCGCGGUCCCGAACGGCGUGCAUGCAGUGUUUGUCGAUCUGCCGGGAGUCAAGGACGACAGCAAAGCUGGCGCGACACAGACGCGGUCGGUCGUCAGAACCUACGUCCAGAACAACCCAAACGAUCUGUACAUUCUCGUGAAAAAAGCGUCGGACGACCCAGCGAACUGGCCGUGGAGUCUCCGGGAAUUCAUUCUGUCUGCGCCUCCGAAAGGGCUCGGCCUGACGCCUCGCCAGACUGUGGUGGUGGGAACCCGCGCCAAGGAGUUCCUCGUGAACGAGAAGAACGACAUCCGAACGCAGUCCCAGCUUUUGGAACGCGUCCUGAAACGAGCUGUCAAGGACUCGAGUGGCGCUCCUCUUCCUCUCUUUCUCCUCGAGUUGUUUUCCUUGUCCAUUGAGGAGAAAGACGCGCUGGAUUUCGCGGCAAAACGCGCCGCGAUGAAUCGACAGAUGGAUGAGGGCGGCCGCACGGUCCGCGAGCUGCUCGAGACCGCGUUUGAGCCCGGUCCCAGCCCGCAGCUGUCGAAGAAACUGACGGAGUUCUUCAGUCCUGCGCGCUUCAAGAAGGAGUUGAACCACAAGUUCCAGGGGCUCUUGAGUGAACAGAUGGGCCUUCUUGAGCGCCGCCUGGUGCGGAAGCGGCUGGAGACGCAAAAACGCAUUUCUGACCUCGAGGAGCAACUGGCUAUGCAAAGCCCCCAGUCCUGCCGGGAAUGCAUCAAGCUGUAUCUGCGGGAACUCAUGCAAGUUGUCACGGAGUUGGUCACGGGGAACUACACCAUCAUUCGCCUGCCUCACAACGGAGACGAGUUCUUGAAGACUUUCGGCGGCAAUUUGCGAGACAACCUCGAGGACGGCCACGCGCUGGCCUGCGAACUGUUUGCCGAGCACUACGACCGCGGAUUCCUCACGAAAAUCCUCAAGGAAGCAGAAGAAGUGUUCCGGCGUCAGGACCUCGAGGAGAGCUUGGCGCCUGUGACAGGCCCCGAUGGCCGAGUAGUGAUGCAGCCUGGACAAAUCGUUCGGUACACGCUGUCAAAAGACGAAACAAACAUGUUCGGUUUGGUCCAGAGCGUCGGGCCGCCGAGAAGCCCCGGAGAGGACCUGGAUGUGCCUAGUGUCACGGGAGCGGGCGACGGAUCCGGACUCUCUUCCAAGGAAGCAACAGUCACGUUUUAUUUCAGAAGUGGUCAGGCCCAGGGAGAACAGUCCCAGUUCAAGACUGUGGACAAACAGCGCUUGGCGGUUCUCCUGCCUCUUCAGACAAUUAUCCAUUCGUCAACGCCGCCUCCUGCAGGCUUUCGUUGCUGGCGGCGUUUCUAUCGCCCUGACGGCUGGGUCGGUCUCCAGGCGGUCGAGCUUUUGAGCCUCUCGCUGCGUCCAGCGUUGUCCGCGUUUUCUUCGGAGAAGCCCGCGUCGAGUCCGUCGCAUGCAGGCGCCUCCGCGGCAGGGAACGGGGGUGCGUUCGAGGCGCACUUGGCAACCUCCCCGGGCGGUGGCGACGGCAGGCAGCGAUUCAGCGAGAAGAGCGAAGCUGUCGUGAAGGCGCUAGUGGGGCCCGACCUCCGGUCUGCAUCGAACGCGCAGGCGGCCGAGCAAGUCGCCACGCUCGACGAGCUUUUUGCCGACGCUGCGACGGGAGACUUGGAGAGACACUCUCACGCAAAUCGGCGAGGAAAUUUGAAUGCUCUCCAAAGGAUUUCUGGCGACUUUGCGGAUACGCGACUGUUGAACCAACUGUCCCUGACGCACCUAGGCCGGUGGCUGAAGUUCCACAUCUGCAACAUCGAGCCCGAUCGCCGCUUCAGCGAUCACGUCCUUCUUCAGAUGAUGCGCAGCGUUCGGCACGUGAUCGACAAGGCAGACUGGGAACCGCUCGUCGCCGACCUGCUGCAGGCGAACGUGGGUGCGGGUAUCCUCCAACUCGCUCGGCUCGCCGCAUGUGCAGCCGCUUCGGCUUUGAGGCGCAUUCUGCGCGCCGCGAGUGCGGAAGUGAAUCGGCAAAUCAAAAGCGGCGACCUGCGCAGCGGUUUGCUCUUCCUCGCGACAAAUCACCGAUUCAUGGAGGAGCUGGAGCAGAGUCUGGAGGAGUACUCGAGGAAGAAGGCCCGAGACUGCGCACAGGCCAUGCGCGAUUUGAUCUUCGAGCAGACGCAUGCAAUCCACUUUGAAAUGAUCGAGGACUUCUUCGAUGGCUGCAAACGCUUCGAGGCAGACUUCCUUGGAGGUUCGAUGAUGGGCGAAGUCACUCAGCACGUCAAGGACUCUUUGGCGAUGCGCAAGCAGCGCCUGGGCAUCGCCGACAUCUACGCGCGCCAAGAAAAUGGAGCAAGCACGCCCGACAGCAUGAUUUACGAGGAAGUUCGAAUCCAGUUCUGGGUAGUCAAGAUGCUACUCUCUGCGCCUCUCACAACGAAGCUCUACAUGCACUUCAUUAAGGAUAUAAAAGAUAAGAGCAUGCACUUGGCAUCGGAAGACAAGUACUCUGUCACCUGCGAGAAUGACUUGGAGAGAACGCUGCAAGAACAAAUGCUCUGUGAACGAUCUCCAGCAGGGCGCGCACUGGCUCGUACCGACGAAGAGUUGAUGGAGCAUUUCAACAUUAGCAUGAACAAGGACGAGCUCAUCAACCAGCUGAACGCAGCUCGUCGAACCGAGGAGUACACAAAGUUGGCACUCGAGGGCGUCGCAAAGCUCCUGCAUCAGCUGCAAAAGGGGUCGGGAGUGGAUUUCCUUACGCGCCUAGAUUCUCCCAUGGAUGGGCGCGCCACCGCACUGAGAAGCAAAGCGAAGCAAACAGCGAGUGGCGAAGAAGCCAAAGAAGGACUGGAGGGAAACACGGAAGGGACGGGAAGCGCCGGGUGGAGGGGACACGCCUCCGGGGGGCGCGUGGGCCAGUCAACAGGAAGCACUGGCCGCGUACCGGCGCCUGUAAAUGGGGUUUGA